AUGCCAGCAAAGCCAAACAUCCGUCUCAGAGGUCAGAUCGAGUACUUUGUUUCUCCGUAUGAGCAGCGAAUUUUUGCGGACUGGUUCGAUCCCAAGUUGGUUCUAACAAAGCUCCAACGGAAAGUCAGCGAGAAUGCGAAAGACGUUUUACCCGCCUUCUUUGUGCUCGUUGGCACAAUAUAUUUGGGAGACAAACUCCACGAAGAAGAGGCCAAACGGCACCGCUUUUAA